AUGCUGGAGAUGAGGCGGGUGGAGAUGUUAGACCUGGAGAGUAGCGAGGAGGAGAGUGAUGAGAGUGAUAGCGAGUCGAGCAAUGAGGAAUGGGCGAGAAGGAAAGCAAGGAAGAAGAAGGAUCAGAGACAAGCUAGGAGGAGGAAGGACAGUGAUGAGAGCAAUGAGGAUAGCGAGGAUGAGAAGAGGAAGAAGGAGAAAGCAAGACGACGAUGGAGGAAGCAGGAAAGCGAUAGUGAUGACGAGUGCCGACGGAGGAAAAAGAAGAAGACGAACAAGAAAACUAAAAAGAGGAUGGAUACCGACGACAGUGACGAGAGCAGUUCAGAAGACGAGAGAUCGAGGAAGAAGGCAUCGAGGAAAAAGCGCAAGUAG